AUGGCCGGAGGACUGGGAGAGGGUUUGGGUAUAAAAGGGAGGAGGAAUGGUCCACCCACCCACCCAACCAACCAACCAACCAACCAACCCCCCAAAGCAGCAAUGGACUCCUUCACUACUCUCUUCUCUAACAACGUCUCUGCUACCACCUCCGUCCCCGUUGAGGAGGAGACUGGUGGAGGCCGUGGUACUGGUGCUUACUGCACCAUCGCUUAA